AUGGAACAGCGGAACCGGCUCGGCGCCCUCGGAUACCUGCCGCCGCUGCUGCUGCACGCCCUGCUGCUCUUCGUGGCCGACGCUACAUUUACCGAAGUCCCCAAAGAUGUGACAGUACGGGAGGGAGAUGACAUCGAAAUGCCCUGCGCAUUCCGGGCUAGCGGAGCCACCUCGUAUUCGCUGGAGAUUCAGUGGUGGUACCUCAAGGAGCCGCCCCGGGAGCUGCUGCACGAGCUGGCGCUCAGCGUGCCCGGCGCCCGGAGCAAGGUAACAAAUAAGGAUGCAACUAAAAUCAGCACCGUGCGCGUCCAGGGCAAUGACAUCUCGCACCGACUGCGGCUGUCGGCCGUGCGGCGGCAGGAUGAGGGCGUGUACGAAUGCCGCGUGUCCGACUACAGCGCCGACGACACGCAGGAGCACAAGGCCCAGGCGCUGCUGCGCGUGCUCUCGGGCUUUGCGCCGCCCAACAUGCAGGCCGCCGAGGCCGUGUCCCACAUUCAGAGCAGCGGUCCGCGUCGCCACGGCCCGGCCAGCGCCGCCAACGCCAACAACGUGGGUGCCGCGGGCCGCGCCACCUCCGACAAAAGCCCGGCUCCGGGGAGCCCCCCCGCCGCCCCAGGUCCCGGAGUCCCCGAGGCGGCAGCCGCCUCCGCGGCCCACGCAGCCACCACCACCGUCGCGGCCGCGGCCGCUGCUUCGUCAGCGUCGCCGCCACUGGGCCAGGCGGUCCUUCUUCGCCAGAGGCACGGCUCAGGCCGUAGGACAUUAGCCCCAGGAGUGGGAGGAGGUGGUUACAACUCAGGCAGUGAGCGUCUGGAUGCUGAUUGA